GUAACGUGAAAGAGAUGUUGGUGUAAGAGCGGAGGUUCGUGCAUUAAUUGAAGACCUCAUCUCUGUUCCCCAAUUACCACCAACCACCACAUGAUUCGACACACACACUCUGAAUCUCAAUUUCUUUGUUCGAGCCAACGAUUUCGUUCAAUUUCGGAACGAAAAUCAACGAAAGUGGUUGCGAAAUGACUUCGGUUUCAGCUCUUAGAGGCGUUCGAUUGCCUUUCUUCAAUCCUCAAUCGCCUCAUCAUCGCCUUCAAUUUCCCGCCAUAGCUACGCGGCAUUCCAACCAUGGCUCCAGGUCAAACGGUUUUCGUCUCCUUGCUCGUUACUCUCCAGCUCAGGACCUCUUCUCUUCGCGCUUUCAAACUAGCAUAGAAAAUCUGCCUAAACUGUUGGAGGACAUCGUGCAGACCUCCAUAAACACAGGUCCACGUGGUCCCAUAAGGCUAGCUCAAGGUAUUCAAGCAUUUAUUGGAGUUGGUAGAGAGUGGCUUGCAGAUGUGACGAAGUCAGCAAAUUCAUCAGCUGGAUUGCCAACAGAGUUGCAGCUAGGAUUACUUUCCCCAACUUAUUUGAGGAGGCUGUUUGAACGCAUGGGGGCAACAUACAUCAAAUUAGGUCAGUUCAUAGCAUCAGCUCCCACACUUUUUCCGCCAGAAUACGUGGAGGAAUUCCAAAAGUGUUUUGACCAAGCUCCUCCGAUUCCCUUUGAAGAGAUCAAGAAAAUCAUACAAGAUGAUCUGGGGAGAUCGAUUGAUAGUGUCUAUGAAUAUGUUGACCCCAUCCCGAUUGCUUCAGCCUCAAUAGCUCAGGUUCAUGGUGCAAGGCUUAGGGGCUUCCAAGAUGAUGUGGUUAUUAAGGUUCUAAAACCAGGGAUAGAGGACAUAUUGGUAGCAGAUCUAAAUUUUGUAUAUAUUGUUGCUCGCAUAUUGGAGUUCUUGAAUCCCGAACUCAGCCGUGCAUCUCUGGUAUCUAUCGUGAAUGACAUAAGAGAAUCAAUGCUUGAAGAGGUUGACUUUUACAAGGAGGCUAAUAAUAUUGAGUCCUUCAGGAGAUAUUUGGAAGACAUGGGACUCACAAGGCAGGCUACAGCUCCGAAGGUAUAUCACCACUGCAGUACUAGACGAGUUUUAACCAUGCAAAGGCUCUAUGGUGUUCCUCUCACAGACCUAGAGUCUAUAAGUUCACUUGUUCCCAACCCAGAAGCCAGUCUCAUUACUGCGCUUAAUGUCUGGUUUGGUAGUUUGCUUGCGUGUGAAACCUUCCAUGCAGAUGUUCAUGCAGGAAACUUGUGGUUAUUACGUGAUGGCCGUAUUGGUUUCCUUGAUUUUGGAAUUGUUGGACGUAUAUCUCCAGAAACAUGGGCUGCGAUGGAUGUAUUUUUGGCAUCAAUUGCAACUGAAGAUUAUGAAUCAAUGGCAUCUGCCCUCAUCCAAAUGGGUGCCACUAACAAUGACGUCAAUGCUGUGGCUUUUGCCAGAGAUCUAGAAAAUAUAUUUUCCUCAAUAAAGGAUUUGGAUACAGAAAUUGUGAUAGCAACAGCCAGGGAAGGAAGGAGUGGCUCAACCGCUGUUGCCGCAAAUAUACUCGUAGACGAGAGGCAAAUGAACAAACUUUUCCUUGAUGUGCUCCAAGUUAGUGAAUCAUACGGGUUAAGAUUUCCUCGAGAGUUUGCGCUUCUCAUGAAGCAACUCUUGUAUUUCGACCGUUACACCCGGUUACUAGCCCCAAAUAUGAACAUGCUUCAAGAUCAGAGGAUUUCCAUCGUUUCGAACAGAAGAAACAAAUACAAAGACAGUUUCAGAUGAAUAUGAUGUGUUCAGAGAGCAUACAAAGUUUAUAAACUUCUUCUACACAAUACAGGUAUGUUUAACAUAGAAUACAUCAGUCUUUAGUGCAUAUAUUACAAAAUACAACCAUACAGUUUCUAUUGUAAAGUGGUCUAUACUUUUGAAUAAUGAUCAAGUAGAAAAUGGCCCUUCCUUGCAACUUGUGCUUUGUAAUUUUUCAUUUGAGGCCUAAAAUGAAAUAAUAAGACUUAGAGGAAAGAAGAAUAUACUAAUAUUCUCCAACCACGCAUUAAGUUUGUGGAGUUGCAUUACAAGUUUGGACAACAUUUUCUUUUCUAUUGCUUUCAAAAACUUAUCAAAUUGUAAGCACUUUGAAUUGUCUAGAACCACGACCGUAGAUUUUGGGU